AUGUUAAAAUUAUUGAGGAGAAACAACGCAGCUGAGCUACAACAGUAUUUGUUUUUGCAUAACCCAACAGCUGUACUCUCUUCACCAAUUCCAGAUUGGGAGCCCAAUCCAGGACUAAGAUGGAUUAAGAAUAGGAGCAAUGAGUAUUUUCCCAUUCAUAUUUCAUGUUGGGAGAAUCAGUUAGAGCUAAUCAAGAUCAUGACUGAGGCAGAUCCUAAUGUUCUCAAGCAACGUACUAGUAAAGAAGUUGUAGUCAGAAAAGUCAAGAAUUGUGAGUUUGCUAUUGAUCAUGUGUCACCAUUUCUAUUGGCAAGUGCUGCCGGGAACGUAAGUGUUUUGGAAUUUCUAUAUGAAAUGGAUGCACAAUCGUUGCACAUGAAAGAUUUGGCAAACCAAACAGCGCUACAUUAUGCUUGCGAUGCAAAUGAAAAUUCAACUAUUGAAUGGCUGAUACAAAAAGGAAUCAAUCUUGAUGAUCAGAAUGAGAAUGGCUGGACAGCAGUACAUUUUGCCUGUGCGAGAGGUCAUGAUUCUACAAUCAAAUUACUGAAAGAGAAAGGAUGUGACAUAAAUGUAAAAGACAAGGGUACUUGUUGCCAGUGUUGA